ACUCAUCACACGUUCGUUCACUCGCCACCAUGCUCGCGUCCGCCGCCGUCGCCUUUCUGGCGGCUGCCACCCCCGCCCUCGCAUGGGGCGCUGCAGGUGAGUGCCGGGCGCAGGUGCACAUGAUGCAGCGAUCGAGGGCGUAGUGCGAGGUGCCCCUCUCCUCGCCGCAAGGACUGUUCCCAACCAGCCCAGUUCACUUACCCGUCAACGAUGUAGCGUCUUAACGCCAAACUUGCUCUUACUUAUCCGCCCGCCUCGCACUCGAGUUCCUCGCUUACACCAGGCCACGAGAUCGUCGCCACCAUCGCCCAGAUCCACCUCCACCCCCAAGUCCGCGACAAGCUUUGCCACAUUCUUCCCGAGGCGGCGCACUGCCACCUCGCGCCCAUCGCCGCGUGGGCUGACACCAUCAGGCGCGGGUAUCCCGGCACCGCCCAGAUGCACUAUGUCAACCCCAAAUUUGACCAUCCCGGCGACACAUGCACGUACGGCGAGAAAGGCUGGAUUAACGAGGAUGUCAACGUCCUCACAGCCAUUAUGAAUAAGACUGAGGAGGUGCGGAACGGCGGCGGCGACAUUCCGCUCCGCUUCCUUGUCCACUUUCUAGGUGACGUACACCAGCCGCUGCACUUGACUGGCCGCGACCGUGGCGGAAACCAGGCCAUGUUCCGCUUCGAGGGGCGCGUUCGCAACCUGCACUCUGUCUGGGACUCGGGGAUCAUCACGAAGAACAUCCGCGAGCUGGGCAACUACACGACGCCCGUGCCGAGCAAGCAGAUUGAGAAUGCGCUCCCCGGUGCCAUCUUCGACCCUUACGUCCGCUGGAUUGUGUGGGAGGGGAUCCGCGAGUGGUGGCGCGACGACCUCGAGUCGUGGCUCGAGUGCCCGGCUGACGGCGACCCAUACCCGCACUCGGUGUACGGCGCACCUGCACCCCCCGAGCGCGGCCUCGCCAGCAGCCUCCUGCACGGCGCCGGCAACCUGGUCUCGCACGCCGCCGAGUUCCUGGGCCCCCUGUCGUGGCUCGGCGACUACCUCCCCGCCGACGGGGACCACACCGGCAAUCGCGACGUCCUGCUUGCGUCCACGCCGCAAGCGCUUAAGAUGGAGAACCGCAAGUUCACGUCCCCCGCGUGCCCGUACACGUGGUCCAAGCCGAUUCACGCUGUCAACUGCGCACACGCCUGGCCGAAGGAGUACAACGGCACAGGCCCGCUCAUCGAGCUGGACACACCCGAGUACCUUGGUAAGAUUGGCGAGCACAAGGUUGUCGAGAGCCUGCUGGCCAAGGGUGGCCUGCGGCUCGCCAAGAUUCUCAACGAGAUCCUCAGCGGGGGCGAGUAUCCCGGUGUGUACAUCAACUACCAUGACGAGUAGGUAGCGAGUAGAUGCUUGUAAUGCUAGAAUAGGAAUACGGAAUAUGGGAAUGCUAGAAUCAAGCGACGA